AUGGAUUCUGUUGCUGAAAGUCCUAUUGGUACCAGAAGAAGUGCGACAGACAAUGCCUUUAUUGUUCCAGUUGACGAUGGAGAACAUGUUACUGAAUCAUGGGUGAGCACGUUGUGGCGUUGGUGGAAUGAACGUGUAAUAAAUGCACGAUUGACACAUUACGACAAGGAUGAGCGUCUCACUUUCAUUGCUCAGCGAUUUGCACGAGUCUUAACCGCUUUUUUUGAUGAACGUACAAAAGUGGAAUUAAGUGGACAUUUGCUUUGUGAACAAACAAAACUGCUUCUUGGAACUGAUCCUUUGGCUAUAGCGAUUCGUCGAAAAUAUGGACAAAGAAUGGCUGAAUGGAUUUCAAUUUAUACAGGAUACAUAGAGCAGCAUGAGAAAACCAACAAACAGAAAAAAUUGCCAACACAGCCCUUAGUGCCUAUGAAGCUUACUGUUUCGAGAUCCUUGGAGUUUUUGAGGAAAAUACCACAGCUGCACAUUGCCCUUCAAGAUGGUGUUGACGACCUACUUGUAACUAACGUGCUUGGUGAUCAACUGAUGGGUUGUUUCCGUGGACGGCGUGACAUUUCGGGUGCUAUAUUAGCGCGCAUUCAGAAUUUGGCAGCAACAAUAACACAACAAAUCACAUGGUCCAUGCUUAUUGAACCAGGACGUCCGAGAACAGAUUUAUCGGUUGGGUUAACUACUGAGGAAUUAUCUACAGGGCAAACUUAUUCAUCGACUUCUUUUCAAAAUGAUAUUAAUGCAAGUUGUGUGUUGGGCGGUCCUCUUUUAAAUACUUUUAUUCUCGCCCAAUCUCCUCGAAAUCACACCAUUUUUGACUUUUGGAAGAUGGUUUGGCAUGAGCGAAGUGAAUAUAUUUUUAUGUUAUCAGAAGCAAGUGUUGUUCCGUUAGUUGAAUGUAACACUCAUUGCCCAUUCUUUUGGCCAAGGUUCAUGUUUGCUUCAAUAUUUCUAUUUUUAUCAUUUACAUUUUGUAGACUUGAGGACGAUGAGUUAAACUUCGGGUGUUUACACGUACGAAAUGUUGGUAUUGACAUGGCUACAGACCCUCUUUUUACUAUUUUCAAUUUGGAUAUUUGGAUGACAACGAUGGAAGAAAAUUUUCAACAGGGUGUAACGGCAAAAUUACGUCUACAACUUUGGCAAUGGAAUUGGCGAAACUACACAGAUUUUUACUGGCCUUUCCGAUUACUUUUUCGAUCACGUAACUCUAAAAAACCGACAGUUUUGGUGUGUAAUGAUGGGUGUGGUAAAUCUGGAACUUUAGCUUUAAUUGAGAUCUUUCUAAUGCAACUUAUUCGUGGUUCUGUUUCUGUUGAACAUCCUAUGCUGACGGCAGGUGUGUUCUUACGCCUUCAGCGGCGUCAUGCUGUUGCUAACUCGAUGCAGUGGUUGUUUGCUUAUCGUACAGUUUUACAUUGGCUCCAACCUUUUGUUAUCUCAUGGUAAGAAUUUUUUAAUAGAUAUUAUAUAAUAGAGAGGAAGAGAAAACAAUUUUUAACUUUUAUUUUAUAAUUCUAAACCAAUUGUAUUUAAUUAAAUUUUCCGGUAUCAUCGCUUCGUGCUUGGUUUUACAUUUCCUUCUCAUGGAUUUUGUGGAAAAUAUGAAGAGAUUGCACAUACUUAUUCGCAUAGGAAAAAUUUGUCAGUUUAGGAUUUUUUUA